AUGCGUUCCACAAAUGGUGGGCAGGAUGCGUCACGCCAAACCGAGUCACCGUCCUUGAAUGAAGGAAUGGCUGCCGGAAACGACAUUCCUGGUUCGCUGGAACAGGAAACACACCCCGACAACACCAAACGGCAGAAAUUGAAAUCGAAAGCCGAGGAGGACGAAUUCGACGAAGAUCGAGGCCAGGUGCUGAGGGGGGAUCUGGAAUCUCAAAGAUUCUAUAACGGUGGAAUACCCUAUUGGAGCUUCAUCACAGAUCAAGGCGUUCUUACCGACAGGAUAAUAUCACACAAGUUCCUAGGAUCGGGAACUGACGAGGAUCCUUAUCUUGUAGAAUAUAUCCCGGAGGACCCAAGAAACCCUAUGCUGUUUGCCCCAUGGACCAAAUGGACAAUCACAAUGGUUGUUGCAUUUGCAACCCUAGCUAUUGCAUUUGUGUCGUCUGCAUAUUCAGGCGGAAUACAGCAGAUAAAAGAAGAGUUCGAUUGCAGUAACAUUGUUGCAAUUUUGGGGAUUUCGUUGUUUGUGUUGGGUUUCACAAUAGGUCCGUUGUUAUGGGCUCCAAUGAGUGAAAUUUACGGCCGACAGAAGCUGUUUUUCGUACAACGUGCUGACCUUCACUCCACAGGGACGUAUGCGGCUCUGACGGCCUUUAAUGCAGGUGCAGCUGGCGCAAGGAGUAUUCCACAGCUGCUGAUCUGUCGAUUUUUUGCUGGGGCUUUUGGAAGCAGUCCCUUAAAAAAUGCUGGCGGUGUCAUAGCCGACAUGUUCCCGGCGAGUCAGCGCGGGCUUGCGAUGGCAGUUUUUGCCGCUGCACCGUUCAUGGGACCCGUUCUUGGACCCAUAGCAGGUGGAUUCCUAGGAGAAUCUGCAGGCUGGAGAUGGGUGCAAGGGCUUUUAGCAGCAUUCUCAGGAGUAACUUGGCUUCUCAUGGCGUUCUGUGUUCCUGAGACAUAUUCGCCAUUACUUCUGCAGAAGAGGGCCGAAAAUUUGAGCAAACUGACAAGCAAGAUAUAUGUUAGCAAGUUCGAAGCUCAAAUUGCGAUGCUUUCCAUAUAUAUGUCAAUAGUAUACGGAACUUUGUACAUGUUGUUUGCUGCAUAUCCAAUCGUGUAUCAACAGACUCGUGGCUGGUCACAAGGUGUUGGCGGACUACCAUUUCUUGGUGUCGCAGUCGGAAUGCUAGCUGCUGUUGUAUAUUCGAUUCCCGAGAACACACGGUAUAAUAGAGUUGCGGAGGAGAGGCACGAGGGGCUUGCCCCUCCUGAGCAACGACUUCCUCCCGCUCUCGUCGGGUGUGUCUGUAUACCCAUUGGACUUUUUUGGUUUGCUUGGUCGAACUCUCCGGAUGUUCACUGGUUCGCAAGCGUCGCCGCUGGGACGCCUUUUGGAUUUGGCAUGGUCAUGGUUUUCCUUAGCGUAUUCAACUAUCUUAUUGAUUCUUAUACGAUCUUUGCGGCUAGUGUCCUGGCCGCCAAUGCUGUUCUUCGGAGUACAUUCGGAGCGGUAUUCCCCCUUUUCACUGGACCGAUGUAUCGAAACCUCGGAAUCCAUUGGGCCUCGAGUGUUCCAGCUUUCUUAGCUCUCGCAUGUGUGCCCGCGCCGUUUCUUUUCUACAAGUAUGGUGAAAGGCUUAGAUUGAAGUGCAAAUACGCAGGGAAAGCUGCAGAGUUCGCUGGGUUACAGGAACAAUCGGGCAGUAGCGAUGCAGGCACGGCACGUGAGAAAGUUGGUAUAGAUAAAGACUUUCCAACGCCUGGUAUUCGGAAAGAUGGAGAAAACCAUCUUGAAGUUUCAAAUGCAGACGGUCAAAACGAAAACGACCAAAUCAGAGGUUUAAGCCCAGGAUGUGAAAGGGAUAUUUAA